UGGCGCAGCCCAUUGAUUGAAAUUUACGCGUGGUGGUGGUCUCCACGACGCGGUGAUCGAACCUACCAUGAACGAAUCUGAGCGAUCGCGUGAUGAUUCAUUGCGCAGCCGACUGAUGGCCGAGGACGAUUACAUGCUUCGGCUGAUUGACACGGUGCCUCCGAAGUACUACUUUGACUCUGACACAGUGGAGGCAUUGACCGAAGAGAUCAACUCAAAAGUGGCUAACCGGGUACAAGGCUCGGGCGUCAAGAAGGCACACAAAAUGGCACGGCUAGACCCGGGCCUUUUCCAGACUGUCAGCCAGCUACUGCAGGCCGGUGAACCGAAAAGCAAGAAACCCCGGAAGGCCAAAGUGAGCCUGCACUCAGCUGCACUGGAUCGGGCCAGUUCUCUGGAUGAGCUCCGACAGCGGCUCAGCCGCAAGAUUGAGACUCUAAGAGGCAAAAGACCGGAAGGAGGGGAGCGCAAAGCCACCAAACAAGCUGCCAAGCCAACUGCCAAGCCGACCCAGAACAAACGACACAAACCAACUCAAGACACCUUACCCGCUGCAAGCAGCAAGAAAGUAGGAAAGGUGCCCCAGGCAGCGCCGGUCUUCAACCGCGACAGCCACAUGGUGUACAGCAAGUUUGAGCUGGCUGGCUCAGCAGCAGGGACAGAUGCGCGUCCCAAAGUUGAGAAGAAGAAGCUUGUCCAUCAACUGGAGAUGAAGGCAGAAAAGAUGAAGAACCUUGAGGAACUUGACCCGGAGCGUGCAAAAAAAGCUCAGGAGAAGCAGAAGUGGCACCGGGCUCUGGACAGGGCUGAGGGGAUCAAGGUCAGGGAUGACCCAGAGCUGCUGAAGGCGUCGCUGAAACGGCACGAAAAGCGCCGGCAGCAAAGCCGCAAGAAGUGGGAGUCUCGCACUGAGCACGUCAAGCAACGUCAGGAAGAACGCCAGCAGAAACGUCGGGACAACAUCAAGGCACGCAAGCAGGCCAAGCUUCAGACCAAGAUGAAGCGGCUAAAGAAAAAGGGGCACAUUGUGCCAGGCUUCUGAGAAGAUUAGGGGUUUUGGGGGUGCAACAUACAUUUAUAAAAAAAAUGACUGUC